AGAAAAAACGAGGAACUAAAUUUGUGGUCUGUUCUAGAGACUGUCGGUAAAGUUUUCAACGAAAACAUUUUUCUACUACGGUGUCAAAAGAAAUUCUUUUUUCAAAAAAGUUUUUAUAACUUUUAUCAAGGAAUCAUGAAUAAUUUGACAGAUGCACACUGGUUUCCUUUAACAUCUCAAGGAAACAUUUAUUCCAUGACAAAACUGUGUUCUAAUAGUGGCUACAAUAAAGUGUUAGUGGCCUCUUUAAAAAGAAAAAUAUACUCUUGUGAAUAUCAUUUAAUGCCAAAUCUACAUUUAAAACCAUUGGUUAAGGAGCUACUCUUUACAUACAUUCCCAGUGGUACAGAAAUUAUAUCCAUUGAUGCAUAUAAUAAGUCUGACAGUGGUGAUGGAUUUGUAAUAGGAAUAACUAUUUUAAAAGCAAGUACAGAUACAUCUGUAGAAAGGUAUUUAAAUAUAUAUACAGAAGGUGCAAUAGACGGAGAAGGAGAUGAAGGGAGUUCAAUUGAAGCCAUAGCUCAAAAUUGUCUUACGGUAGAAUUACCAUACACACCUUAUCAUUUGUAUCAUACUAUAUUACCACAACAGAAUUCUCAUAGCGAGGUUGUUUGGUUAUUAUCUGGUAGUGAUUAUAAGAUUCAUAUGAUCAGAGAAGAUAAAUUAAAUCAUGGUUAUAGUGAAUCAUCAAUUGAAAAAUAUUUCCCUGAAUUGCAUGAUAUCCAAGGAAUUGCAAUAUGGAUUAAUAUCUACUAUUAUGAUAAUUAUAAUUGGAGACUGACUGUAAUUGGUUGUGAAUGUGGUUUAGUUAUAGUAGCUAUAGUUAAUGUUUUGGAAUUGAAAAUCUGUAAAGCUUGGAAAUUAAGGUAUGACAGGCCUAUUUCCAGUGUAUGUAUAUUUCCACAACAAAACAAUAUCACAAAACCUUCCUUUCUUAAUUCUAGAGGUCCCAAAUGUUCUUUAAGUAAUGAAACAAAAUUAAAUGUUCUUAUUGUAAAUACAAGUAAUGCAGUUGUUUUCAUGGACGUUUUAAAUAAUGGAAUGGAUGAGGAUAUAACAUUAAAUGGUAGUGAAACAUCUGAUUGCAUUUUAUGCUCCUGUACAGCUGAUAUAAAUAUGGAUGGUCGGAACGAAAUUCUCUUAGGAACCUAUGGUCAAGAGGUUUUAAUAUUCUGUUUUAUAAAUAAUACAUGGGAACUGAUCAUUAGAAAAUUAUUCGAUGCACCGGUGCAUUCUAUAUGUUACAUGGAUAUUACCAAUGAUGGAAUGAAAGAACUUAUUGUUCUUACACAACGUGGAGUUCAUAUACUACAGCACAAUAUUAUGGACGUAAAGGACAAAUGGAAAAAACGAUAUCGAAAAAUGCUUAAAGACAAUAGAACAUAAUUUUAAAUGUUGUCAGGGAAGAUCUAAAUAGAUGUUAUUAUUUAGAAUUAAUAUAAACAAAUUUUUGUAUAUAAAGAUUACAUUGUAUGUACAGCCUCGAUCACGGUCGGCGUCCCUCUAGGCAAAAUUGCGGUCUAAGCCAGCGAAGAGGAAAGUGUCUCCAGUCUCUACCGCUGAGUAUGACACUCGAGCCAGCAGGCAUUAUGUCUAAUUCACAGGAGACAGUUUUGUAUUCGAGAAAGAACAAAAUUUUCUCCAAUAAAUAGUCGCUACAGGGACGAUAACAUUCAGUAGGCAGAUAGAAACACAAAAUUCAUAAAAUACUCCACCCUCGCAGAACAAAAAAGAAAUGCGUAAAUGCAUCCCUUCCUGCUUUGAGGGAAAUAAUAAGUCAGUUAAAUAGUCGCUCCGUGGACGAUAGAGCUCGUUGGACGAAAAGGAACCAAAUGUUCCUGGAGAACGCCACCUUAUCUGCCCUUACAGGGAAACCAUUAGAUAGAUAAAUAGUCGCUAAAGCGAGUCGGUUCGUUAAUUAACCAGUAAAAUGCAUAAUGAGCUCGAUUCGAAAGUCAUUCCUUCUAUGUAUUCGAGGUUGUUGGCAUUCUGUCAUUUUUUAUUAAGAAUAUUAAUGAAGCGCGUACAUAAUUAUCUUCAUUAAGAUUUAAACUUUAAAUUUAUAUACAAUAAUUGCCAUUUUAAAUUGAUUAAUUAUAAAUGAUUAUAGGGUUGACGAGUCGAACUUAGAGGAACGAUCACUCUAAAAACUGCUAACAAUUAAUUACUUGCACAGAAAUGUAAUUUGUCC